CGUGUGUGGUGGGCGUGCGUUGGUGCAGUGUGCCACAGGUGUACCUACCGAGUACAAGGGCUGGCUAAGUGAAGUGACCUGUUCUGCUGCCACAUGCUAUAGCAUCAUAAAUUAGUUUUUCAAGAAGGGGGAAGGGGAAGGUGUCUGAAAGAAGUAUUGAACAACAAUGGCCACAGAUAUUGAAAACCUCAGAAAGCUUGGUUGGUAUAUGACUGAAGCUGGUUUGAAGAAGCUUUCUGGAGGACAGACACUCUCAGAGUCUGAGAUAAUAAAGAUAGCUCAAGAUACAGAUAUAAGGGAAUAUGGAAAAUGCCACAUCCCAGAGAAUUGGAGCAAAAAGGACAUGGUCACGAUCGAUGGUGUGCUCCAAGUACAGAAGGUGCGGAACGUUUCCGCUCCAAAGACCAACGAGGAGAGCCAGGCGGCGCCGCGGCUGCUGCGCGUGACGCUGAGUGACGGCGCCUCCACCGUCACGGCGCUGGAGACGGACCCGCCGUGGAGCCGCUUCAGCCUGCGCACGCCGCCCGGCACCAAGGUACGACUGCGGCAGCCGGUACCCGUGUGUAGCGGCUUCCUGCUGGUUCCCGACGAGGCGCUGCAGGUGAUCGGCGGUACUGUCCAGCAGAUGGUCGACAAGUGGACCAUGAACAAGGCGUUUGCCUCCCAGCACCUGCGGCCCGCGAGCGGGGUGGCCGGUGGACCGCCGCCCUGGGUACCGUUCGGCAAGAGCAUCUCAAAGGCCCACGAAACAGAGAAAGACUUCAAGUCACUGGCCGGUGUCAGCGAGACACCGGUGGACUCGGAGUUCGAGGCCCAGCGGCAAGCUCAGAUCGCGCAGGUGGCCGGCGCCGGGCGCAAACAGUUCGGCGGCGGAACCAAACAGAUGACGGACGCUAAUCUACAGACGCUAAUGGGCGCCGGAUUCACCCAGGAGGAGUCCGAGGCGGCGCUCCGCUACACCGGCAACGACGUGGGACGCGCCCUGCAGAACCUCCAGAGGUACCGUGCGCGGCGCGACGGCCGGGACGACUCGGACGCCGACACGGGCCGCGGCAGGGGCAGGGGACGGGGACGGGGUGGCCGCCGCGGCCGGGGCCGGGACAGGUACGAGGACGAAGAGCCCUCCACUCGCCCCAGCGAACCCAUCACACUGCUCGACUUUGUCAGCCAGAAACUGGGCGGCGACUCGUCAGCCUCCUCCAACCGGGCCCCGACACCCCCCGACGACGAGCCCGGCGGCGCCACCGGCGGUCACUCGUACAGCGACCGUGACAGAGGCUACGGUGGACCAGGCAGAGGCUACAGCGACCGCGGCAGAGGCCACGGUGGACCAGGCAGAGGCUACAGCGACAGCGGCAGGGGCCACGACAGUGGCCGCGGUGGUCCGGAUAGAGGCUAUGAUAGGGGCCGGAGCGGCUCGGAUAGAGGCUACAGUGAUCGCAGUGGACCAGACAGAGGCUAUGGUGUUGGUCGGGGUGGCCCAGACAGAGACUACAGUGGUGGCCCGGAUAGAGGCUAUGACAGGGGUCGUGGCGGCUCUGACAGAGGCUACGGCGGCUCGGACAGAGGCUCUGGCCGCGGCGGUGACCGGGGCGCCUCGGACGGCGGCUCUGGUGACCGGGGCCGCGGCGGGCGGGGCGGCCGCGGCCCCCAGCGGCCGCAUGUCUCCUCUGACGAGUUCGUGGAGGGUCGCCGGGCGCGGGACCGGCGCUGCGGGGCCGGCGGCGGCGGCGACUUCCGCACCUGGUCGGCCGGCGAGCGGCCCUCGUCGGUCGGCCGCGGGUUUGAGGUGUACUCGGAGGACCGUCAGCAGUUCCCCGCCCUGCCCGGCGGCGAGGCGGCCGGUGGCGAGCCGUCGGAGGGGGACAGUGAGCCGGCAGCGGCUGCUCCGGCCGCGGUACCGGCCGCGGCGGCUCCGGCGGCCGCCCCCGAGCACCGGUACACAGAGGGAGAGAUGUGUCUGGCCACCUACUGGCAGGAUAAACAGAUGUACCUGGCGCGUAUCGUCUCCGUGGGCGAGCGGACGGCCGUGGUCAACUUUGUCGACUACGGUGAACACUACGAGGAGGUGUUCACGGCCAACAUGCGACCCCUCGGAUUCGAGGAAGAGGAGACGACGUCGACUCCUGUUCAAAGCGAGGAACCCUGUCAAGAGCCGAGGCAUAAGGACUUCGAGGAGUCAGAUACGUCGAACCUCUUCAGUCACAAGCGACACACGGCCAGUCUGCGAGAGCAGGACGAUCAGUUCGGGUAUGGUAACCGGCCCUCACGGCACAUCGGCGCAGAGAACGGCGACGACGCGUACAGGGACAGACAGGCCGGCGGUGAUCGCAGGGAUCGCAGGGAUAAUCACUAUGAAGAUCGGGGUGGCCGCCGUGACACCAGCUAUCGUGGUGAUAGGGGCCGCGACACGUCCCACCGAGGUGGUAACCAAGGCACCUAUCGGGAUGACGGGGGCCGCGACACGUCCUACCGAGGUGGAAACCAAGGCACCUAUCGGGAUGACGGGGGCCGCGACACGUCCUACCGAGGUGGAAACCAAGGCACCUAUCGGGAUGACGGGGGCCGCGACAAGUCCUACCGAGGUGGUAACCAAGGCACCUAUCGGGAUGACGGGGGCCGCGACAAGUCCUACCGAGACGAUCGCCGUGACGACUAUGAGAGUGGCCACCGUGAAACCCACCGAAGUGACCGCCGCGACACCCGUCGCAACGACAACAGCGAGUCGUUUCGGGGUGACCGCCGCGACACCUAUCGGAGCGACAACAGCGACACCUACCGAGAUGAUCGCCGCGACACCUAUCGGAACGAUAGCGAGUCAUUUCGAGGCGACCGCCGCGGCGGCCGAGGCGGCCGCGGUCGGGGCGGAAGAGGACGAGGUUACGGCGAUGACCGGCCGCCCAGGUUCCAGCGGCAGGACCGGGACAGGGAGGAAGGGUACAGCGGCGGCCGGCCGGCCGGUCAGGGGUACCAGGCGCGCGACAGGGACCAGUUCGAGGACCGGCCGCGGCGCGGCGGGCCCCGCGGCCGCGGACAGCGGGGGUACGAGGACGGUGGCGAGUCGGAGGGGCAGCGGCAGUGGAUGGACACUGCCCCCGUCAAGGGACGCCCACGAGGCCGGCCAGGGGACGACUCGGAUGACGUGCCAUUCACAGGGACGAUGGAGUUCCGUCGAGGCGGUCGGAGACCGUUUGUACACCGAGGCGACAGGAGCAGUUAAUUGGCCGUGGCUCCUGGAGCUCAGUACGGCUCCCCUGACUCAGACCUGGCUAAUCUGGGCUCUGUUCUGGCUCAUCCGAGCUUCGCCAUGGCUUGUCUGAGCCCAGUCCUGGCUCAACUAUGCACAGUAGUGGUUCUUCUGAGCUCAGUCCUGGGUCUUGUGAGCUCGUUUCUGUGGCCAUGUGAUUGCCCACCUACUUAGUGAUAGGUCUUGUUGGACCGCCUUUACGUGUUGAUGCCGAAUUCGGCUUGUGAUUCUAUGCACUGUCGUUACAUUAAUUCGAAAUGCAGUCACGAGCCCGUUAAACUUGAUGCCAUGUAAACUCGCCGUAUUGAACUGCCGCACAUCAAAGACUGCCAGUAAGGACGACUAGCCUCGUGUCGCUAGCCGUAGCUCUGUCUCGUGCCAUUUGUGCCCGGUCCCACCGACUCACCGUCUGCGUGUGCGUGUCACCAUCACCGAGUGCGACUCACCCCGCGCACUGGGACGCGUCUCGCUCGGGAUCGGUCGCCGUUGGCAGUGGGAUAAGGCGCGGCGCCUCCGGGGACCCGGCGACGGCGCGGGGCGGGCGGUCAGCGGUAGGAGGGACGGUCAGUCGGACGUCGCCGCCGGCAGACGUCGGUUGUGCACCGUCCCAUUACCAGACAGGUAAGACGGGGGAGGUAGUGCUGUGAUGUUGUUUGCUUUACUAAUCGGGUGAUAUUAUAAUAAAGAAUGCAUUUGUUUCUAGAA